GUAGCCAGCACGCAGUCCUGAGCAGGUAGAUGGCCUGGUGUGCCUCUUCUGGGGCUAGGAUGUCUCUUUCGGAAGCAGAUACACCCUCUGACCAAGAGCUGGAGAGUGAUUCAGGCAGCUGGUCAGUGCUAGAACACCUGGGCUUGGAUCAGAGCUCGGAUUUCUCAGACACCAGCGUGCAGCAGAAGUUAGAUGAAGAGAAAGAAAAGAUUAAGCGUGAGAUCCACAAAGAGCUGAAGAUCAAAGAGGGAGCAGAGAACCUGCGCAAGGCCACUACAGACCGUAAAAAUCUCUCCAAUGUAGAGAACUUGCUAAAGAGUUCCAACCGCAAGCUGGAGGCACUGCACCACCAACUGCAGGAUCUCAAUGCACACAUUGUGGUCAAAGACCCUGAGGAGCUGGGGGUUGCUCCCCAGUCACCAGGUAGCCUGAGCCGGUCAACAGCUACCAAAAACCGCAUUGCUGGCCUGGAGAAGCAGCUAAAUAUUGAGCUGAAGGUGAAGCAGGGGGCAGAGAAUAUGAUCCUGAUGUAUGACAAUGGUGCUGCUAAGGAUCGGAAGCUGCUGCAGACAGCCCAGCAGAUGCUGCAGGACAGCAAGACUAAGAUCAAUAUAAUCCGCAUGCAGAUCCGCAAGGCUAUGCAGGCCGAUGAGGUGCAGCUGAAUGUGGAAGAUGGGCAAGGUAACACUGAUCUGAGUGCCAUAGAGUUGAGGAUUGAGGAGCUGAGACACCACUUCCAGGUGGAGCAUGCUGUAUCGGAGGGGGCCAAGAAUGUUCUGCGCUUGUUGGGUUCCAGCAGAGUUCAGGACCGCCAUGCCAUCUCUGAGGCACAAACCAAGUUGAAUGAGUCAAGCCAGAAGCUGGACCUUUUGCAUCAGUCUCUGGAGCAGCGUCUUGGUGAGCUACCCCAAGAUCACCCGAAAGGCUGCAUCAUCAAAGAGGAGCUCAUCCUAGCCUCUUCUCCUGCCUUCAGCACUCGCAGUACCACUAUCUACCAGCACAACCAAUACAACACCCUUUCAAAGCCAUCUCCACUGACAGGCACUCUGGAGGUGCAGUUGUUGGGCUGCAGCGGGUUGCUGGAGCUUGUUCCAGGACGUAGCCGUGGCUCUUCUGUCUCUCUGCCUUGCGGCAGCCCUGGUGAAGCACGGCCCUCUUUCAUGAGCCGGAGUGGGCGAGGUUUGUAUAGCCGGAGUGGUAGUGUAAGCGGCAGGACCACCAUCAAAACUGAAGAUAUCAGCAAUGAGGUGAGUGCUGUGCUCAAGCUAGAUAACGCAGUUGUAGGCCAGACAGCCUGGAAGCCCUAUGGCCUGCAAGCCUGGAACCAGAUUUUCACUGUGGAACUGGAGAGGGCGAGAGAGUUGGAGAUAGGUGUAUACUGGCGUGAUUACCGCAGCCUCUGUGCCCUGAAAUACCUCAAGCUAGAAGACUUCCUUGACAACCAACGCCACGAAAUCCACCUGGAGCUGGAGCCACAAGGCACUCUCUUGGCAGAGGUUACUUUCUUCAACCCUGUUAUUGAACGCAUUCCCAAGCUCCAGCGACAGAAGAAGAUCUUCUCCAAACAGCAAGGGAAGGCUUUCCUACGUGCCCGGCAGAUGAACAUUGAUAUUGCCACAUGGGUACGGCUCCUGCGACGUGUCAUCCCCACUGCCAACACCACAGGCACUUAUAGCCCCUCAACACAGAUGACGGCAACAUCUGGCUCAGAGAUCAGGCACAGUCUCAACUCCGGGGACAUUGCCAUUGAGAAGCUGAGCUUGGAAGGAGACAGAGCACAAGUGGAACAUGUGGGCCAGGAUGACCAUGACCUACCCAGUAAGGUCUUGUUGACUUCACAGGUGGAGGAUGAGAUUCCUUUCCAGGUGGAGCUGAGCCCUGGAUGUGAGGCCAAAGGGUCUGAGAGUACAUUUCACAGCAGCAGCCUGAGAAAAACUCCUCUCACUAUGGAAGAUUUUCGAUUUGUAGCUGUGCUUGGACGUGGCCAUUUUGGCAAAGUGCUGCUGUCUGAGCUGCGUGGGACAGGGGAACUUUUUGCUAUCAAAGCCUUGAAGAAGGGUGACAUUGUUGCACGGGAUGAAGUGGAUAGCCUAAUGUGUGAAAAACGGAUAUUUGAGACUGUGACCCACGCCCGGCACCCCUUUCUAGUGAACCUCUUCGCCUGUUUCCAGACACCCCAGCAUGUCUGUUUCGUAAUGGAAUACACAGCUGGUGGAGACCUAAUGAUGCACAUCCACACAGAUGUAUUCACGGAGCCACGUGCUAUGUUUUAUGCUGCUUGUGUUGUCCUAGGAUUGCAAUUUCUUCACGAUCACAAAAUCGUAUACAGGGACCUGAAGCUGGAUAACUUACUGCUGGACAGAGAAGGUUUUGUGAAGAUUGCUGACUUUGGCCUCUGCAAGGAAGGGAUGGGCUUUGCUGAGCGCACCAGCACGUUCUGCGGGACACCAGAGUUUCUGGCUCCUGAAGUUUUGACAGACACUUCAUACACACGAGCAGUGGACUGGUGGGGCUUGGGUGUACUAAUAUAUGAAAUGCUUGUUGGGGAGUCCCCAUUUCCUGGAGAUGAUGAAGAGGAAGUGUUUGACAGCAUUGUGAAUGACGAAGUGCGCUACCCCCGCUUUCUUUCCACGGAAGCCAUUGGCAUCAUGCGCCGGUUGCUGCGGAGGAACCCAGAACGUCGCCUGGGUUCCAGUGAGCGUGAUGCUGAAGAUGUGAAGAAGCAGCCAUUCUUCAGGAGCACUGAGUGGGAAGCCUUGCUGGCCCGCAAUAUCAAGCCACCAUUUGUCCCGAUAAUCAAGGGCCGGGAAGACAUCAGCAACUUCGAUGAGGAAUUCACAGCAGAGGCACCUAUGCUGACACCACCCCGUGAAUUACGGCCCCUCACCCAAAAGGACCAGGAUGCCUUCAAGGACUUUGACUAUGUGUCUAAUGCCUGCUAGCUCUGGGAGUGGGGGGGGGGGAGGAGAUCCCCAACAAUACUGCCAGUCUCACAGGGCAGGAUUCUGCUCCAUCAGUGACUCAGAUGCUUGCUAGCCCUGCCUGCUAGCUCCAGAGUGGGGCUGGGAAAGCCCAGCAACACUGCCAGCCUCAUGGGAUAGAGUAAUGUUCAUCAUCCUAUGCCAGCUCUGCAAAUAGGUAGGGGAAGCCCCAGAAGUAUCUCUGCAUGCUCCAGAUCAUGACAUUCUUCAUGCAGACACAUGGACAUUCGCUAGCUCCACAGGGGGGGGGGGCAAGAGACAGGUGGCCACCUCCAUCUUAACAGGUGAUAGUAACCCAGGGACUUAAGCAGAGACAUCUCAGUGAAAACACCUUUUCUCCAUUGGUUCCUAGACUUCCUACUGAUCCAAGCAGAAAUGAUUUUCCAUAUUUAGGGAUCCAUAGCAGUGCUUCCCCUAAGCUCACACAUUUUUAUCUCCGCUCAGGAAAGAUGGCGCCAGAGCAAAUGAAUUUAUGCGGUAGCUAAAUUGCUCGCUCACAACUUUAAUGCCAGCAGCUCACCAAGUAGGAUUUUUGCUCAGAAGACUCCACAGCUUAGAGGGAACAUUGCUUUAGGUGUGGGAGCCAGGAAAGUCAGGCAGCAUCCCCCUAACCCCAACACAGACGUCGGAGAGCCUCUGGCAAUGGAGAAAGGGCAGAAAUAGCUUGCCCUGCGAGUGCUGUUGCUGAAAGCUUUUUAUUCUGAUCCCCAAUCCAGAAGGAAAACCUCUUUUGCCUUUUCUGCACCACUGUCAUUUACCUGCCUGUAAAAGCCUUGCAUCCUAUUGGUAGUUUCAUACCUACCACUUGAAAAUGACUGAUUGAACUCAUCUUCCAUUUCCAUCCUAUAUCCUGGCUCUCUCUCUGAGACGUUCUCUAAGGGAGAAUCUCAAGAUGUAGGCAGAGGAUGAUAGGGUUUUGAGACCUUUGUCCAUAUUCUUUUCCUGGUUUGAUUUGUAGCAUUUCUAACAAACAGGCUGUUUCCCACUGCUGCUGACAUCCUUAUUCCUCCCCCUGCCCUGCCAGUGAAUAUCUAGAUCACACUCAGUGCAUCCCAUGUCAAGCAAGAUGAUGUACAAGUAAAGUUGCCAAAAGGGAUGGAGAAGGAUGCUGCAUCCCUUU